AUGAAUCAAGAACUUGAUAAGAAACUCAUGGAUGAGGAGCUUCCCCCCUUGAGGACUACAGGACCGCUUCCUCCUCUGACCAUCAGGACUCCUCCAUUGCAGAACGGGAAGCAGGAGACUUUUUAUUGCACCCACGACCACGACCAGCCAUCAUUGUCUCAGGGUGUGAACGGAGCUUUCUCCAACCACCAAGGAUUGUUGCAAACAAAGAGAAGAAAUCCCAUGACGGGCAUGCUUGCGGGGCUUGGGGAGUUUGGGUAUAUCCUGAAGCCACUCUCACAGAGCGACUUGGAGAGGAAGAAAAGGUGUGAGCAGUGCGGAAAGUCAAUGGCAAAAUAUCUUCCCAAGGAUGGGAAGCCGCUGAAGGCGGAGGGUGAUAAGCCUAGCAAUGGUUCGGGAAAUUCGGAUGGGAAUCCGCGGGGGGGAGGGGGGCUACAGGGGAGUCGCAAGAGGUCAAGAGCGAGGUGA